GUGAGGACCUGUCAUACCAACUACACUGGCCUCGCUGCUCUUCCAAUCAUCAUAGGUUACAACAUAUACAGGCGUUAUAUUCAUUUCUACCGAAGGUUUAUCAUAGCAACCUAAAUGCUCACGUAAAAUUGGAUUGCGUCGGAGACAAAAACGAGUGUGGGGAAAAAGCACGGUAACUUUAGAAAGGACCGGAGGGAAGGAUGGACAACUCAAAAGUGCAAAUGGCACCCCGGUGAACCGUAUCCCCAUCAUGGCUAAGCAGGUGCUGGACCUGUACAUGCUCUACAAGCUGGUGACGGAGAAGGGCGGCCUGGUGGAGGUCAUCAACGAGAAGAUCUGGAGAGAGAUCACGAGAGGACUCAACCUGCCCACCUCCAUCACCUCAGCAGCCUUCACCCUCCGCACACAGUAUAUGAAGUACCUGUACCCGUACGAGAGUGAGAAGAAAGGGCUGAGCUCUCCAGGCGAGCUCCAGGCUGCUAUAGACGGUAACCGGAGGGAAGGCCGAAGACCCAGCAACAGCCUGUACCACUUCCCCUCCACCGUUCCUGGCCACGCCCUCCUCUCUCCCUCCAAGAUGCCACACCACUCCCUCCUCUCUCCCUCCAAGAUGCCCCACCACGGCCUGCACACCUCCCCCAGCCCAUCUCUGGAGAGAUCUGCAGAGGCGAUGUCGACCCCCAUGACGUCAAGCCGCCUACCCAUGGCCAACGCUCUCUCCCUCGGGCAGCAGCAGCUAGCUCAGGCCGCUACCCUGGAGCACCUCCGAGAGAAACUGGAGAGAGAAGGAAGAGGAGGAGAGGGCCCAGACAGGAAGAUGACUCGCUUGGUCAUGGAGGAAGAGCAGAGAUUGAUGCAACAGGCGUUCCAACAGAACCUGUUGGCUAUGGCCUCUCACUUCAACCCAGGCAUGAAGCAACUCAACAACAACAACAACAACAACAACAACAACAACAACAGACACGUCAUUACAGAACUACCCACCACCAAAGGACCAAGCAGCGUGGCCAAGAGGAGCAGGGAUCCUGGGCCCGGGAGAAGAGAGAAUGGAGGACAUCGUGGACAUGGGAGGAGGUGAUGGCAGGGGACAAGACCUGCUAUGGAAACAGGC